AUGGAUACCGUUGAAGACUGGUAUCAAACUUCGAUCAAUGAAUACAAGUUAAAUGAAAUACCUUUUGAUGAAUUCAGUGACCGAAAAAGGAUUGGAGGAGGAGGGUUUGGGACUAUCUUCAAAUACGUGUGGAACAAGAGUUCAGAACCAAAAAUGGUGGCAUUAAAAGGAGUUUAUGUAGACGUGGAAGACGAUAAUGCUUGUAUUAACAAUUUCAUUAAUGAGGUAAAAUUAAUUAGUAAUGCCAAUCACCCAAGAAUUAUUAAAUUUUAUGGAAUAAGUCAUGACGAAGACGAGGGUCUUUACUAUCUUGUAUUGGAACUUGCUGAUGGAGGAAAUCUGAGAGAACACUUGUUUAAGAAAAGAAUGGUCAUUCAAUGGGCCGACAGAAUCAAGUUUGCGACUCAAAUAACUGAAGGAAUAUCUUAUCUUCAUAAUGAACUAAAAAUUUCCCACCAAUAUGCCUUAGUUGCCCUCGAUAUAAUAACAAGUGAUUUGCGCGAAAAACCGGUUAUUGGAACACCUAUAUCUUUCAUGCAACUUUAUUCAGAAUGUUGGAAUACGCAUCCUGAUCGACGUCCCACUGCUAUUCAGAUACUCGAAAGACUAAAAACUAUAUCAAUCGAAAAAGUAUAUGAUAGUAUUGAAAAGGAAGUUCCUUCUAAUAUCAUAGAAUCGGACAUUUUCUCAAGUAGCGUCUUACUUGAUUCUAAUGCUAUAAUAGACAGCCAAUCAAUGACUACAACUUCAAGAGUUGUUAAUGUGACGUCCGAAAUUAAUUCAAACUUGGAUGCUGGAAACGCGGUUCAACCUCUGAUUAGGGAUGUGGCUACCGUAAUUGAAGAAACCAACAGGAUAUAUGAGAAUGUCACAUAUAACAAAAAUAUUUGUACUUCGCUUAUGGACCGCGUCGUGGCCGCAGAAUUUGCUCUAAAAACUCUGGAAAUAAAAAAAAAAUUCUAUGAACAAAACUUUCGGAAUGGAGAAUAUUAUACGGCUCUCGUGCAUUUUGUUAAUGUCAUGAAAGAAAUCAGUCAAUUUAUGAAUAACCUAUCUACUCUUUCGGAUUUCAAAAAAUUGACGAUUGACAAUUUGGUUGAGGAUAGGUUCAAAAGACUUAGUAGUGAAUUUGAAAAUGUUAUGAACGAGCUGAAAUUUUCCAUUCCUAAAUUUGAUGAACAAGAAAAAUUCGACCAAAAGGGUCUUAAAUCAGACCUAGAAGAAAUGUCAAAUCUUUUAGAAAGAGUCGAAGGUGGUGCACGAAACAUUAACGAGAUCCUGCAAGAAGUAUUAAUAAUAAAGGAACAAAGUUUCUUUGAUAAAAAAAUAAAGGUAACCCAGAUAGAUCUAAAGGAAUUAUUUGAUCCUCUAGUCGGAAAGCUCUCUGACACACGAGGAGAUAAGCAACCGCCGCUUGUUAAAAAAAUAUUUAGGGGUAAUGAGGUCGCUUGUAAACCUAUUAUGGAUGAUGACAUUUCUGAGAGCCAAGAAAUUCAAGUAUUAUCAAAAUCAAAAGAUUCUCCCAACAUCAUUAAAUUUUAUGGUCUUUCGAAAAUCUCAGGCCAUCAAGUCAUGGUUUUUGAAUGGGCGGAACUUGGUACACUACAAGAAGUUUAUAAUAAAUAUGACAUUGCGUGGCAUAGUAAAAUUCAAAUAGCUCUUGAUAUCUGCCGUGGCCUUGUAUUUUUACAUUCUUGUGAGAUUCUUCACCACGACAUCAGAUGUGCAAACAUAUUAAUGACUUCACGACUCGAAGCAAAAAUAUCAAAUUUUAAAUAUGUUCGUUUUGAUUCAAUGCAAACAAGUAACAUGACGAAGUGUUUAACCGAUGUUGUACGUUGGAUGGCUCCUGAAAAGAUGCGCCAUAACAACAAGAAUCCAAUGCGUUAUACUUAUAAAUGCGAAAUUUUUAGUUUUGGUAUGCUUCUUUGGGAACUUGCAUUUGAAAAAAUCCCCUAUGAAAAUAUGGACACGGUGCAGAUUAUGGAGCAUGUAUUAAUGGGAAAGAGAGAAAAGAUCUCUUUGGGUUUCGGUUCACCUAAUAUCCAAAAACUCCAACAGGCGGUUAUAAAAAUUAUAACUACAUCCUGGCAACAAGAUGCAAAUUCCAGAAUCACUCUUGCGGAAAUUUUCUUGAAACUUGAUAAGUUAUCUACGGAUUAUACUUCUUCUCCAUCUCUACUCUCUGAAGGAACAAUAAAUUUAGACGGACAACCGCCUGUUCAAUUUGAAAUACCUUCAAUACUAUCUCUUGAAGAAGGUAUUGAGGCUCACAAGAAAAAAGAUUAUAUUACAGCCUGGAAAUGCUUCCAGGAUCAUGCUUAUCUUGACAGCAUAACUGCAAAAUACUGGAUGGGUUACUAUUUGAUCGAAGGAUAUCCUUCUGGGGUCAAGGAUCUCGUUAAAGCCAGUCAAUUAUUUAAAGAAGCAGCUGAUUGUGGGAUUGUUGAUGCCCAAUUACGUUAUGCGUUUUCUUUGUUUAAUACACCAGGUGUUAAAUUUGAUAGAGAAAUAUUUUUAGAAUACCUCAUAAAAGCCGCUGAUAAUGGGUCUGAUAUUGCCCGAUACCACUUGGGUGAUUUAUACUUGAAUGGUAAAUUAGGUUUUCAAAAGGAUGAAGAAUUGGGCAAGAAGUAUUUGAAAUCAGCUGCCCUUGGGAAUCACCCUAAGGCCAUUGAAGUUCUCAAAAAUAUUGGAAUUAUUUCUUCGUGA